AUGCGCCCUCCUCAGAGGACUCCUCUAGAGACUAUGUACAAUCUGAAGUUGGAUAAGUUUAAGGGCAGUGAGGGGCACGAGGGCGCAGAGUGCUGGCUAGAACACAUAGAGAAGACUUUCCGUGUGCUGCAUAAUCAGGGGAACUUGCCUAUGGAGAGGUGGGUCGAGACGACCGCAUGGUUUCUGGAUACGGAGUCGGCAGCUUGGUGGGAGCAGGAGCUUCGUAGGUUGACUCCGGAUCAGAGGACUGAUUGGAAUGUUUUUACGGAUUUGUUCAGGAGGAGAUAUGUGCCCCCUGAGUACAUCGAUAGAAAGAAGCAAGAGUUUUCCGAUCUGAAACAGCGGAAGAUGUCGGCGAAUGAGUACUAUCGCAAGUUUACGGACUUGUCUCGUUACCAUCCUGAUGUCGCUGGUAACCCGGCGGAGAUGCUCCGUCUUUUCCGUUUGGGCACCAAGAAGAAGUGGCGUUCUAUGGCGUCUACUGUCCACAGCGAGACUUACCGGGACUUCUAUGAGAUACUGUUGAGGAUCGAGGACUCUGCGAAUAUGUCGAGCGACACCGAUGAAGAGAAGGAUGGCAACCAGAAGAAAGAUGACAAAGGCAAAGGUCAGGCAUCGCUCGGGCCCCGUCAGACUCAGAACUUCAAAAGGGGUGGUGCUAGCUCGAGUUCUUCGAGUGGCGGCUUCAGUGCCACUGGACAGGGUCGUGGAGGUAGAUUUUCUGGUGGCGCUAGAGGCCAGAGGCAGGGCGAUGGUGGUCGAGGUAGAGCCCCUAUUUGCCGCAGGUGUAACAACCGGCAUUUCGGUGAGUGUAGACGUGGUAGCAACGGUUGCUUCACAUGUGGACAGGUGGGACAUAGAGUGGCGAAUUGUCCCCAGGGUCAGCAGCAGCAGAAACCACAGUAG